GUUUUGAACAUUUGCUUUCGUUGUCAUUUAUAAAAUAAUCCAAAUUUUUCGUCGUUAGUUAUAAGCAUUUUAUCCUGUUCUUUAAAUUCCCAGGAAAGAUGACUACCCCGACAAAUUUCAAGUUUAAAAAGGUUUCCAAUCAAUACACACGCUAUUUCGAUAUCAAAAAGCUAUUGCCAAAACCAUCAAAAAAAGAAGCUAUCGAAUAUUUUGGUAGAGAGACUGUUUUUAACCAGAUCCAGAGGAAGCCAAUCUUGAAGCCUCGGAAAGUAUUAAAAAAACCAAUACAAUGGGUACACACCGACAAUGUGGUUCAGUCAAAUAAAGGUAGUCCGUACAUGUUGAUGUCCAAAGAUCAAUCCGACGAUGGAGCAAAAGAGGGUCGCAAAAAUCCCAUCUGCUAUAAUGUAAUGCAUGAAGCUCCGGCGCCUCCUCCCCAAGAGGUAAUCAAUAUUGUGCCCAUUGUGAGGGGCAUAAGGAUUAGUAUUUGUGUGGAGCACACACGAUUCCAACUGGUCGGAAAGGUAUCCAAGAACAUGGGACUGACCCAUGUGCCGGAGCAUCGAUUGUGGAACAUUCAAUGGUGCGAUAAUACGCCUCAUUUGGAUCUACUAAAGAGCAUGAAGCGUUUCCAGCAAAUCAAUCAUUUUCCCGGCAUGAGCGAGAUCUGUCGCAAAGAUAUGUUGGCGCUCAAUCUGAAUCGCAUGCUCAAAAUGUAUCCAGGCGACUAUCGCAUCUUUCCCAAGACUUGGCUAAUGCCCUCAGAUGCCUAUGAUGUGGCCAUUUAUGCCAACAAACACAAGCGCACCUAUAUUCUUAAGCCAUAUUCAUCAGGCCAAGGCCGUGGCAUUUGGUUAACCAACAAUUUGCGCUCUGUGGGCCGACAAGAGAAACUCAUCUGUCAGACCUACGUUGAUAGGCCCUUGCUCAUCGAUGGCUUCAAGUUUGACCUCCGUGUCUACACACUCGUCACCUCUGUGGAUCCACUCAGAAUAUUUGUUUAUAAUGAGGGUCUGGCUCGUUUCGCAACCCACAAAUAUAUGCCCCCGGCACUUGGCAAUAGCAACAAUGUCUUUAUGCAUUUGACAAACUACUGUGUAAAUCGACGUAAUUCCAAUUAUAAUGCGGGCAAGGGACACGAGGGUGGCUCGAAGCGUAAACUGUGCGAGUACAAUAAAUGGCUUAAGGAUCACAACUACAAUGUGGAAGAAUUCUGGGCGGCUGUAGAUGAUGCGAUCAUCAAGACUGUGAUCAGUGCCUGGCCCGUGCUCAAACACAACUAUAAUGUUUGCUUCCCGAAGCAUGACCAAAUUCAGGCAUGUUUUCAGUUGUUGGGCUUUGAUAUAUUGGUUGAUUGGAAGCUGAAACCAUUCAUUCUGGAGGUGAAUCAUACGCCCAGUCUGUGCGGAGACGAGACUGUUGAUAAUGAGGUAAAACGACCGUUGAUUAGGGACACCCUAAAUCUGAUCAGUUCACCGUUGGUGGACAAAGAGGAGAUCAUACGCCAGGAUCGAAUUGCGUUAAGGGAACGUCUAAUGCGCCAGCAGGGAAAACGUCGAGUUCCACCUCCGAUCCAAACAGGACCAGAUCCAUCAUCUAGAGCUGCGGGUGGCGGUGAACUGCGACAACCCUGCUCCAUUGGCGCUCUGGCGCAACAAAUUGCCUGGGAGGAGAGUCAUCUGGGCAACUAUAGACGCAUUAUGCCACCGACUGACUCCGAAAAGGUCAACUACUAUUGCAAAUUCUACGAUCAGGUGAAACCAACGAGCAUGUUCAAAGAGACGACGACAAGUAAAACUCGUAUGAAACUCAACAUGGAGCACAUAAGGCAACAGAAACUCCAAGAGGAAUUGGAUCUCGAGCAACAGCGACAAAAGCGUAAUUUGCAGGAACGUAAAUUGAAGUUUCAAAAGGCUUUCAUGCAGGACACUAAAGCUAGUGUCACAGAAUUACAACAGAAGAAACAAGAGGCUCUCAUUUGCAAGGACAUUCAACGCCAGCAGAGGAAACUCUUGAAUCCAGCGCCAGAAAAAGAAACGAUCAAUGUUUGGCAUACGAUCACUAACGAUCAAAUGAAGUCCAAGUCCAAUUUAUGUUUCAGAAGCAAAUGCAGUGUGAACCUGGUCAAAACAAAGCGUCGUCAACUGCGACGUCAAAUGCUGCGCAGAAAACAAAAAGCUCGACGUCUUGAAUGGGAGUCCCAAAAGGAUGCGGAAUUUCUGCAGAAACACGGCAUACUACGUCCAGCAGGAGCUGCACCACAAUCCGAGAGCUCCAAGUUACAGAUAACCACACAGAGCAAAGGCAAGGACAAUACCAAAAAGUUGAAAAGAAAUUCUAAGGCUAACCUCAACAGAAGCAAAGCAAAUAAAUCCGUAACUGGCAAAAAGAGUAACCGUAUUCUAAACAAUUGGUUGCCCGAACCCAUCAGCGUUGAGGAAAAACAAUGGCAGCUCGAGUGGCGCAAGAAACGCACAGAUGCCCUCAAUCAAUGGCAGCUCAAGGAACUGCUCUUUACGGAAAUGUACGAACGUGGUCAUCUGACAAAGAAUGACAUUAAAUUAUUUCCAUUCCUUUUGUAUCGCAUAUUAAGGCGAAAAACGGCAGCGAGGAUCACAGAUGACAAGUAGCUUUUUGAAAUUGAUAAGAUGAUUGGAACUACAUUUGGGCAACAACUAUUUUUAGUAAACAAUAUUUUUAGUAUAUUCUCAUUUAUUCAGCAAAGCUGCAACACCCGUACAAAGGAAAGACUUAAUUGUUUCAACCGUGGGUUAUCAUGUGCGUAUCUUGUAAUUAUCAACAGAUUCCCAAAAGAAAAAAAAAAGAACCCUGAACUCGUAUACGGUUGUCAUACAGACUGCAGUUAUAUAAUGGAACUAAUAUUGAAUGGGAUGGAAACAUAUUGUAAACUGUUAAAAAAAAAAAAUAUAAGAAAAACUCAACAACUUUCUAGUGCAUAUUUCGAACAAAUAUACAAUGGCAAUGUUAUCAGAUAGUAAA